AUGGCGAAGCGCAUCAACGCGACGGGGUCCGCCAAGAUCCUCGAGCACGACCAGGCGCGGGUGCGGGGCCUGCGCGCCCGUGCGGCGGCGCGCGCGAGUGGUCACAAACUGCCCACUCCCGGCGGGGAUUCUGGGAAUGUUCCCGCGACUAACCAGGUCGUCGACUACGUGGUGGACGUGAACAUUGGCACGCCGCCUACGACAUACUCGCUCCUUGUCGAUACAGGGAGCUCCAACACGUGGGUUGGGGCGGGACAGCCCUAUGAGCAGACUGAAUCUACGCGAGAGACCCACAACAGUGUGGAGGUCAUCUAUGGUUCAGGGGGGUUCAUUGGCACCGAGUUCAAUGACCUCGUGAGUUUAGACAGUGGGCUCACGAUCUUUGGACAAUCUAUCGGCGGCGCGACGGAUAGUUUUGGCUUCGAUGGCGUCGACGGUAUUCUGGGAAUUGGCCCGGUAGGCCUCACACAAGGCACCCUUUCUCCCGACGCAUCGGACACGAUCCCAACCAUUACAGACAACCUGUUCUCGCAGGGUGGGAUCAAUCAAAACCUCGUCGCGAUAUCCUUCGAGCCCACGCAGACCGACGGUAACCCAAACGGCGAGCUGACCUUUGGGGCCACGGACCACUCCAAAUUCGUCGGCGCGAUUAACUUUGCUCCUAUCACGUCAACGUUCCCUUCGGCCGCAUUCUUCGGAAUCGACCAGUCGCUCAGAUACGGUCCUUCCACGUUCCUCUUGAGCAACUCCGCGGGCAUCGUCGACACCGGCACUACGCUCCUUUUGAUUGCAUCUGAUGCGGUGCAGAAGUACACGGCUGCCAACGGUGCGGUCUUCGACGACGACGUCGGACUUUACCGCCUCACCCCCGCGCAGUUCGCGAACCUGAAGAGCCUCUUCUUUACCAUCCACGGAGUGGUAUUCGAGUUCACCGCGAACGCGCAGAUCUGGCCCCGCGCACUCAACGGUGUCAUCGGAGGCACCGCCGACUUCGUGUACCUCAUCGUGGGCGACAUCGGGUCGCCGUCGGGCUCGGGCCUGGACGUGAUCAACGGCAUGGCGUUCAUCGAGCGCUUCUACACCGUGUUCGACACGGACAACAGCCGGGUCGGCAUCGCGAACACGCCGUUCACGAGGGCGACCACGAACUGA